AUGCGUUGUCUUCUUGCGCUGCUAGCUAUACGAGCUAUUCUCGGACUUGCUGAAACUUGCGAUCCCCAAGCCUACGAGGAUGGCAACCCAUACGGCUUGGAACAAACCAACGAUCCAAAUAUAAUGUCAAAGUUGAACGAAUAUCUAGUCGACAAUCUAUGCAUCAAGUAUUCCGACGGAACCGAGCAGGAUAUGAAAGAACAGUGCAAAGACGUCUGCAUUCCGAGCCAAAGUGCAAGCGAAGGCCAAGCUGUCGUAUCAUCUCAAAGUUGUAUCUUUGGCGACAAUCCUUGGUACGAUACAAGCAACAUGACACCUCUUCUGUGUGGCGCCGACGAGGCAUUCAACGGUCUGAUGAUCAAGAAAGGUUAUUGCUCCUGUGACCUUCCCAUCCUAGAAUUCGCGGGUGAAUUCUUCAUUGAGGGACUUAUUGAGGCGGACAAGAUCUUGGAGAAAGUCAUAUGUCCAGCUUUGAAAGCUCUCGAUGUUGUCGUAGCUAUUGGCAUGGCAGCAAUCCCCCCUCCGGACCGCGCUAUCACCGGUGGAAUGGUUGCGGCUGUUCGAUCGGCAAAAGCAUACAAGUACGCACACGAAGCACAAGACGCUGCUCAAGAAUGGGCCGACUUUUUCCUUAGUGGCGCAAACUUUGCAGAGCAGGCAGGAUGUGGACCACUGAUACCUACCAAGGACAAUCUGAUAAAGAAGGCUUUCACUCCCCUGGUCGAUGCACCGGACGAGCUUGUACCAGGGGGAAUGAACUAUGAAGACCUACCAUGUCCCAAAAGAGGUUGUAAGGGCUGCAAAGGCCCAAAAUGUACGAAUGGAAGCGGAAACGAAGGCGGCGAUGCUUCCAGAACCAUCAUCCAACCUGCUCUGACCAUUGGCAGUACAGUUCCCCCACAGGUCACUACAAUUCUGUCGAAGACUUCAUCUGGUUCCCUGCUGUCUACCGCGGCUAUGUCAUCAAUCAUCUCUUCUUCUUCAUCGAUGUCUUCGACAGCAACACCUUCCCUGUCCUGUCAAGACCUCGCUACGCUGGACAAGGACGAGGAGAUCGUGGAGCCAGAGGCUCUUAGGCGAAGUUAUCCAAUUGAUCUAAGAUAUCAUAGGCUGGAGAAGCGUGAGCCAAAGAAGGGAUACCCUUGCGACGGAAUGCUUUUGGCCAGUUUCGACUAUCCGAGCACUUCGGAAUGGGGGGAUCACCCACCAACGAGAUAUGGCUUCAACAAACGAAAAUCAUGCGAUGACUAUAGUUCCGACAGUCCAGACGACGAUGAAAGUGUCAAGUGUGAGACCGAGCAUGUUCUGGAAUGGCAAAUUGUUUGGCGCUUCUUUGAUGAGAUGGAUCAAUUGAUCACGACCAAGUUUAGUCAUCCCCAGCCAGGCAAUACUGCUAAGCUAAGCUUUUGUCAAUACUGGAGAGAGUCUUGGAUGGCGAAGAAACAGCCACUCAUGGAGGGACCCUCUUCUAGUCCUGUUGCCACUCCAGAUCCUGCUGCUACCCCAGAACCUGCUGCCACUCCGAAUCCUGCUGCCACUCCAGAUUCGAAGUCUACUCCUGGUGCGGCAGCGACUUCCGAUCCAGUGGCGACCCCUGACCCACAGACAAGGAAACGUAAACCGAGUGAUUGGCUCGCAAGUCAAUAUCCAUACAGGACUGGCCGAGAGGAAAUGUGGCUAGAUGAAAUGACAUUGUUGGAGAAGAACAUCAACGAACUAGUUAAGGGAAGAUUAUUCAACCAGGAGAAAACCAAAGACGGGCAUUAUUCACAGAUUCGCGACAAGAAGAAGAUGAAGGAUCUGAUAGAAGGGCGAACAAAGGAAAAACGUUUCAAAAACCUAAGCCUGGAUCCUGCAGACCAAACCCGCAUAGCGAUCCAGCGGUUGCGGGAGACGAUUGGAGCUCUCAGAUACAUGCAAGAUGAAAAGGUCGCAAAGAUAUUUGCAGACCAGAAGAACAGAAUGGGCGCGAUUAUUGGGCAUAUCGACCGAGAGCUGCACAAGACACCCCCAGUGUAUAAGGAUGACGUGGAGGGACCCCCGUGGCAGGAACAAAAACUCGAAGAAAAAUGGAAUGCCUACAUGGACAAUGUAUUUUCCGUGGCAAAGCAAAGGGCUACAGAUUACAUGAAGCUCAAUAUUGGUGUGUUGAAAGAUGAAUGGAACUCUGACAAGAAGAAGGAUGAGUUCAAGGCCGAUUCGAACGAUGAUCAGGCGACGAAGGACAAGAAGAAAGGACUGAAGAAGACCCAAGAACAAACCCUGGCUCUUAUCAAAAAACUAAGCGACGAGUGGGACAAGGUCAAAGAUUGGCCAAAGCCAAAGAACUGGUAG